AUGUCCGCUCACGUGAGAAACGCCAGGGCUCCUGACCGCGAGCACGAAAACAGGCCGCACAAGUGUACCAUUUGCUUCAAGGCCUUCACUCGCACAGACCUGCUCAAAAGGCACGCCGCAAGUCAUGCGAAUACCGGCUCUGACCAGUCGGGCACGGCGCAUAGGCUUCAGGGAGUCGAUGCGACCCCGAACAGGGUGACCAAGGCUUGCCGUGCCUGUGCUUCCAAUCACCUCCGCUGUACCGAGACCAAGCCUUGCUCUCGCUGUGUGGAAAAGGGUCUCGACUGUCGGUGGUCGAACCCUGCAGAAGGGCUUGAGAAUGGGGACUCAUCGGAUGAGGGGAGUGACAUGGAUACCAACAUGCAGUCCGAGGCAGACGUCUCAUCGGGCAUCCUCGCCCAGGACGGACAAUCCACCGUCGAUUCUCACGGUCUGGGCAUCGGCAUGGCGGCCACAUCGAGCGCACCCACCGGCACUUCUCUCUAUGCUCCUCAGUCAGGACACCAUAGCGGUCUGUUGGCUCAUGCAACUUCGGGAACGUUCACUCCCAUGCGCACAUCCAUUCAGUCGCAAGCGCAAAGUCCAAACCCAAACUUUGACGUCAACCUGCUCUUCUCAGACUUUCCAGAUUUGGGCCUUGUUUCUGGGUCUUGGACAACCCCUAUUCCCACGACUGUACCCUUCGAUGCCGCUAUCGAGCUAGAUGAUAUGGACCUUCAAUUCCUCGAUACGUACAACACAACAGUACCCUUCGAGUUUGGAGGACCUUCAGAAGCAGGAACCUCACACUCACGUUUACAGGCCGAUCAGAAUGAGCCGGCUUCAUCAACGUCGAACCAAAUUCGCGCAGAAGCGUUCCGAAACUUUCAGUGGAGGUUUAGGCCCAGUGUCAACGAUCACGCCGGGGCCGAGGAGCACAACCUCUCAUUACCCGAGGCCAUUGACACGACGUCGCCGGAGUCGCGUUUAUCUUGGGAGAAAGACAAUUCCUUGAUCAGAGACCUGCAGUUGUCCCAGGCGUUCCUCAUCUCUCUCGAGUUGGGCAUGUGGAGCGGCUACAGCAGAAAGGCCGAAAUCUCCGAGUCCUUUCUGCAGCCCCUCGUCACCAUGCUCAGGAGGGACAACAAGUUCAAAAAGACCAGGUAUCUCGACCUGUCACUGGAUCCCAGUCUUGAUGACGUCUCGCUUGAGAAGGCCUGGCACACCUGGAUCGACAUGGAGGGCUUCAGGAGACUAGCCUUCCGAAUGAUGCAUCACGAUGCCAAGUCAUCCAUGUCCCUGUUCGCGAGCCCCCUCAUCUCGUACGCCGAGGUUCAACUGCACCUGCCAUCCUCACCACAGCUCUGGAUGGCAACAACUCCUCAGCAAUGGAAACAAGCGGUUCUCGCCCAAGGCUCGCCACAAAAACUCACACUGUUCGACUUCCUUGACAACCCAGAAGCAACCUCUGCGCCGGACGUCGCCGUCGACGAGUCGCUCUCGCGGGAGGCAUUCCUCUCCUGCGUAUGGGGCAUGGCUUGGGAGUACAUCCAGAUGAGUUCGUUGCAGCGCGCCAAGCCCCGCCGCUGGAACGACUUCGUCACCACGACGCGCCGCGACGAGCUGUCGAAGCUCCUAAGCCACUUCCAGAUGAGCAUCAACAUUUCCGCCCCGACAACGGCGAACCUCGAGCUCCUCAUCCGCCUCGAGCUCAUCCUCCUACACCUGCACACGCCUUUUGAGGACCUGCAGCUCUUCGCCGGCAUCGAGGGCCCCGAGCAGGCGCGCAGCAUAUCCCCCGCGGUGCACGAGUGGGCCCGCGGUGAGGCGGCGCGCAAGGCCGUGUGGCAUGCCGGCCAGGCGUUGCGGCUGACGCGGCAGCUCCCGCCCGGCACGAUCCGGGACUUCACGGCCAUCAUGGUCUAUCACGCGAGCCUGACGUUCUGGGUCUACGGCCUCGUGGCGGAUCAGCAGGGGCCGUCCCGAGCCCAGUGGACCGAGUCGCCGGGUGACCUGGCGCCGCCGGCCGUCUGGCUCGAUGAGCUUGACGGCCUGCUACUGCAGCGGUUCUUGCAGCUGGGCAGCGGGUCUCCCUGCAUACACAACUUGUCCGAGCGCGGCGAGGUCGUUGGGGUGCCUCUUUCGAGUCCUGACCAGGUCAUGGAAAUUGUCUCGGAGGUGUUGAGGGCCAACUUUGACAGGGCGACGCGCCCUCUGUUGGUCGAGAAGCUGGUGCAGCUGAUGGCUGGGCUGCAACGCUCAUCACGAGGCGCCGAAGGAGGUGAGGUUUGA